AUGCGACGGGAGCGAGUGGUGCUGCUGUGUCUGGCGCUGCUCGGACUGCAGCAGGUGUCCAGGGCCACUCUGCGUCAGUCGCGCGAAAUCAUCAUCACGGAUGCGGUGCGGCGCAUACAGAACGACGGCUACAACGUGGAGCGCCACUCGGUGACGACGAAGGACGGAUACGUGCUCACCCUGCACCGCAUCCCGCAGGUGGAUCCCGAGCUGGGCAGUCUGCUGCGGCGCCCUGUCGUCUUCCUGCUCUCCGGACUCUAUGCCUCGUCGGAUGUGUGGCUGCUGAACGGCAGGGAGGACUCCUUAGCCUACCUCCUCUGGCGAGCAGGAUACGAUGUGUGGCUGGGUAACAACAGAGGCAACAUCUACUGCCGGAAGAACAUGUGGCGAAACACCACGGAGCGGGAGUUCUGGGACUUCAGCUGGCACGAGAUGGGCGUCUUCGACCUGCCAGCCCAGGUGGACUACGUGCUGCGGACAACCGGGCAGAAGGCGAUGCACUUCGUGGGCAUCUCGCAGGGGGGCACCGUCUUCCUGGUCCUGAAUUCGAUGCUGCCGCAGUAUAAUGCCGUCUUCAAGAGUGCCACCCUGCUGGCCCCAGUGGCCUAUGUGAGCAAUACGAAGAGCGGGCUGGCCAAGGUCAUUGGCCCAGUCCUCGGCACCCGGAACUAUGUCUCUAAGAUGCUCGAGGGCGUCGAGAUGUUCUCCACGAACAAGUUCUUCAAGAAGUUCCUAUCGAUGACGUGUCUGGAGAACGAAAAGCCGCUGGUCUGCAUCAGUCGCCUGUGGCCAGCCGUUGGCUACGACACCCGAUUUCUCAACAAGACGUUGCUGCCCGACCUGAUGGCCAACUUUCCGGCGGGCGGAUCGGUGAAGCAGCUGAUGCACUACUUCCAGGGCUACGUGUCUACCAGAUUCCGGCAGUACGACUACGGUCCCGAGCGGAACUGGCUGCACUACCAGCAACUGGAGCCGCCGGAGUACGCGCUGGAGAACGUGUCCACGCCAGUUACGGUUUUCUUCUCGGAGAACGACUACAUAGUGGCGCCGGCGGACAUCUGGCGAUUGCUCACCCGGCUGCCCAACGUGGAAGCCGUGUACAAGGUUCCCUGGAAGCGAUGGAACCACUUUGACUUCAUUUGCGGACUGGGGGUCAGGGAGUAUAUCUUCGACAACAUUGUUAUCUCCAUGAACCGCUACGAGCAGCGGCGACGCUGAGAGAAACGUGGGA